AUGGCCUUGAAUGUACCCAAAGACUCUGAGGAGGCGAAAGCGCUGGUAGGAUCUCUCCGACAGAACGCGGACAACAGAGUCUGUUUUGACUGUCCACAAAAGAACCCGAGUUGGUGCAGCGUCACCUACGGCAUUUUCUUGUGUAUGGACUGUUGUGGACGCCAUCGUGGCAUGGGUGUUCAUAUUUCAUUUAUGCGGUCGGCCGAUCUGGACAGCUGGAGGCCGGAAGAGGCCCUUCGAAUGGCACUUGGUGGAAACGCAGCAGCUCGGGAUUUCUUCAAGCAACACGGAUGUAAUGAUCCCAAGAUGCGGUACAACGCUCCCGCAGCUCAACUGUACCGGAAGCGGCUUGACCGACGCAUGGUGGAGUGCUUAGGGGGGAAGGUGGCAGAGCCACUUGCUGAAGAGGUUAAAUCGGUGGUGGUAGGACUUCUCACAGAGAGUCGCAAAGAUCCUGAGUUGACAACUGCCGGUAGCCCGGUGAUGCAGGCUCCCGUCAUUUCCAUGACCCCCAAACCCGGAAAGAAACUGGGCACCACCAAGAAGAAAGGUUUUGGAGGCGCACAAAAGGUGGAGGGAAGCAUCAAAGAAACCUCGGACCCAGUUCCUCAUUCCCUGCUUCAUGACGAGACAACGCCGACCGGUGUGGUUGAUGCGGAGGCGAAGGCGUUCAUCACUGAUGCAUCUCGUCCUGCGAACCCGGCGGAUCGUUUUCGUGGAUUGGGCAACCCCGCAUUCCAAAAAGAGGCACCACCUGCGGACAUGAGGAGCGGGCCGGAUUUUGCAGGGUUGGGAUCGCAACCGUACCAACCCCAAGCCGAUCGUGCUGAGGGUGGAGGCCUGCAGGACACACUCUGGCAAGUGUCAGAGGCCUGGGAUUCCCUUAAGGAGUCCGCAAUUCGAUCUCGCGAAGAGUGGGGCAAUAAGGUGCGGGACUUCCUGGAUGAUCUCUAA